GAAUUGCAAUUUUUGAUAUAACUAAGGAUACGGUCGAUGCAAAAUUAAUGAACUUCAUUAAUCCGAGUAGCCCGAAUAACCCCACUCAGAAAGCAAAUACGCCUACAUCUACAGCCACAUCUCAACCAUCUUUGUCCAAUGUAGGUGCAAUAGUGGGUGGUGUAAUAGGCUCCAUUAUUUUUGUUAGCGCAUUAAUAGCUAUUGGCAUCAUAUUGUAUCGAAGAAGACACGAAACAAAAAUGUCUAACCCACUCAUAGAUACAAAUAAUCAAGCUUGCUCGGAUACAAAUCCUCAGAUUUACUCUGAUAUAAAUCGUCAAAUUCGUCCGGAUAUAAAUCGAAUUUACUCAGAUACAAAUCAUAAAGCUUUCUAA